GGAAUGUGAACGACCCUGACUCACCAGGUUAAACAUGAUAUGUACUGCUGUAAACAACUUUCUGUCAAACGUAUGUGUAGCCUCGCAUUAUAAACAGUUGAUAAGCUUGUGUUGAAUGUAAGUAUGGGCCCAGCAAUAGUGGUGUAUGACCUGUCAAUCGUAAAGGGCAUCUGGGAGGGACGAAUAAGGAAACACAAAAAACGUCAAAGGAAGGAACGGGAACGUCAGGAAAAAAGUGCAUUAGCAAAGUUGAAUCAAGAAUGGAGUCAAAGGCUAGAACACAGGAAGAGACUCCGUGAAAAAUCAAAUCAGCUGAACUUGGAGAACGUGGCAACAGAUUUCAAACUUUACCACAGCAGUGAAAAGAAUUUGCUGUCAGAAGGGCGCACCUCACUGUAUUCAGGAAUUGAGAUAAAUAUUGAUGAAAAAACAUUUAUUUUUGAGCUAAAUGGAGAACAAUGGAAGGAACUCCCUGAUUCAAUCAAAGAAAUGACUUACCUCAGAGAAUGGCACAUAAGCAGAACCAGCAUACAGGAACUUCCUAAGUAUAUUGAACUGUUUCAGGAUCUGAGAGUACUGCAACUAUCCAGAAAUGGUAUCAAGGAGCUCCUGGCAGAAAUAGGUAAACUGAGGAACCUUAAGGAACUGAACCUAAGCUAUAAUAAGCUCUCUAGUAUCCCACCUGAACUUGGAGACUGUGAAAACCUGGAAAAGCUGGAAUUAACUGAAAACCUGGACCUCUGGGAACUACCAUUUGAGCUUAGUAAUCUGAAACAGCUCCUAUACCUGGACAUAUCGGCAAACAAAUUCAGUAGUAUACCCAUCUGUGUUCUCCGCAUGUCAAGCCUGCAGUGGCUGGAUGUCAGCAACAAUGACCUGAAAGAACUGCCUCAGGAUAUUGACAGGUUGGAAGAAGUAGAAUCCUUGUUCCUGCAGAAGAACCCAAUGACGUAUCUUCCUCAAGCUCUGUGUAACCUAACAAAGCUCAGUAUGAUUGUAAUAAGCGGUGAACGCAUGGUUAAAAUGCCAACAGCCAUCUGUAGCAGUCCCAGUAUUAAAUUUAUAAAAUUAUUUGAUAACCAUCUUGAGGAUGAGAAGGAACAAACAGAGUCAAUGAAGGAUCACGACAGUGAGAAGGAACUUGAAAAGGAGUUUAUUCAAGCAUAUGUUGAGUCACUGAGGGACAGAGAAACAGUCCCCUGCUAUACCACCAAGGUGUCACUGAGUUGUCAACUAUGAUGUCCUGAAAGGAUUGUCUAAAACCACAGAUAGAUGGAUGAAAGGCUUUUGGAAAAAAGAAAGAAGACCCCGCCAUAUUUUUUUCUGUGUAUUUUUUUUUAUAAUGAUCUGUGUAUAUGAAUUGUCCUUUGGGUAUGGUAUCCAGUACAGUAGGAACUACACUGAUUUUAUUGUAUUUAUUUUUUAAAUUACAUUUUACUUAAAUUAAUUGCUCCUACAGCAUGCUGUUGUCAACUUGUAGUAAGCCAAUGGCAAUUCUUGUAAUAUUGAAUUUAAUAAUGUGAUUGUAUGUUUACUGUUACAGAUUUAGACUUGACUGCUUUUCCCCUAAUUAUAUGGGGUUUUACCUGCACCAGUACCUUAGCAUUUUUAUGUUGAAUUCAAUUCCCAACACUCCUUCUGUUACUUCUCUCUCCCCGGAGCAGCCUUAUUACUCAAGAAGAAUGACAGCUACCUUCCCUAUCCAUUUAUGAAUUGGGAAUUCAUUGCAUGCCUCAGUUGUAUGUGUGUGUGUGCUUAUUUACUGCACUAAACCAUCUUCAUAUUGUUUUUUUUUUUUUUUUUCACUGUCAGAAAUACACAUACUGAAAUAAGCCAUUAUGUACAAUUACAAUGAAACUAUUGUAGCACAGCGGUAACUUGCAAAACAAUAAAUAAUUCUAAACCUAAACAGGGUACAGGAACUAAGCCCUAGGAGUACAUUUUAAUGAGCUGCAAUAUGGCCCUAUAUUAUGAUAACUUUGUGAACAAUGAUGUAAUGUUAACUCUGCAUCACUGUUUGUUUUGUUAUUGGCUGCAUUAUAAAAGCUGCUAUAAUGAUAGCUGUGCCUUAACAAAAAUGCAACCCAAGUUUCAAAACAAGCAACCAACAAAAAUUCCCAGAAGGUAGUGAAUGUUUUCUUGCUGCUUUUCUGUCCUCAUAUAAGGUUAAAGAAAAGCACCUUGUUUUGAAGGAAGGAUUCACUUGUAGCUACUUCUUUGUUAUUUUAAGGUGCCAAACACAGAGAUACCACAGCAAUACAGUAGAAGGUGAUUGGAGCUUUUUUUUUAUUACAACAUGAUUUGCUUUGUUUAGCAUAUAUGUGUUUUUUACAAAUCAGUUUCAUGAGCAAAAUCAAGUUGCUAAACUGUUUAUGCGCAUUAACUGUUCCCAGAAAUACAACACUGAACUCUG